CCCGCCCCCCGCGCCCUCCCGGCCCGCCCGCGCCGGCGCCUCCCAGUCCGCUCCCGCCGCCCGUGCGCCCCGGCUGCCCGCCCGAGAGCUCGCUCUGCGCUCACGCGCCUCCCUCCAGCCGAGCCCGGGUCCGGGCUGCCGCCGCCGCUGCCGGGACAUGGUCCUCUGCGUCCAGGGACCUCGUCCUUCACUGGCUCCGGAGCGGAGCGGGCAGCGGCCCCGGUGGGCCCAGCCUGAGCCAGUUAUGCAGCCGUUGCCUGCCGGGCCCUUCCCGGAGGAGGUGGCAGAGGAGGCCCCGGCCCAGCCAGAGCGCGAGCCCCGGGUGCUAGACCCGGAGGAGGACCUGCUGUGCAUAGCCAAGACCUUCUCCUACCUGCGGGAGUCGGGCUGGUACUGGGGCUCCAUCACGGCCAGCGAGGCCCGGCAGCACCUGCAGAAGAUGCCCGAGGGCACCUUCCUGGUCCGGGACAGCACCCACCCCAGCUACCUGUUCACGCUGUCCGUCAAGACCACCCGCGGCCCCACCAACGUGCGCAUCGAGUACGCCGACUCCAGCUUCCGCCUGGACUCCAACUGCCUGUCCCGGCCGCGCGUCCUCGCCUUCCCGGACGUGGUCAGCCUCGUGCAGCACUACGUGGCCUCCUGCGCCACCGACGGCCGAAGCGACAGCCCGGACCCUGCGCCCCCGCCGGCCCCGCCUGUCCCCAAGGAAGAGGGGGACCCCGCGCUGCCCGCCCCCGCGGCCACGGCUGUGCACCUGAAGCUGGUGCAGCCCUUCGUGCACCGCAGCCGCGCGCCCAGCCUGCAGCACCUGUGCCGCCUGGCCAUCCACCGCCUGGUGGCCGACGUGGACUGCCUGCCGCUGCCCCGGCGCAUGGCCGACUACCUCCGCCAGUACCCCUUCCAGCUCUGACCCGUCCUCCGGAGGGGACACCGGCCCCGCUGGACUCAGGCUGCCGCUGUCCCUCCUCCGGUGCCCACGUGCUUCUGGCAGCUGGACCUGGGAGAGCCCGCGGGAGCCAGGCUGGGGGGCGAGGAGCAGCGGGGAGUGUCACACAACGUGGAGAUCGUGCCCCCAGCUCCCAUGUGGCUCCUGGUGGCAAGCCACGUGUCAGAGGAGAGGAGCCGGGCAGGCCCUGGCUCACCGUGGGCAGGGCCGGGCCCACUCACCCGCGCAGCCUCCUGAGCUCCGCAGACUUUGCCUGAGACUUUGCAGGCUCUCCGUGCCCGACUUUCUCAGGGAGGAUGGCGGCCAGGGGAAGGGAGGGGGCCCGUGACGUCCCCUGGUGGGGAGCAGGCCAGGCCGGGCCACGCAGUUACACGUAUUUAUUUAUUUAUUCUCCUCGGGCUGGCCUCCGGGUGGGCCAGCCCCGCCUCUCUGCCCUGAGCCCCCAGAGCUCCCGGAGGGGACCCCAGCUCCGCCCAGCUUCUCUGCUCCUCCCUGCAGAGAGCCCGUCCUGAGACCCAAGGCGCCCGCCGACUCCCCGCCUGUGGGUGUGUCCGCCCCGUCUCCCCCAGCCCUGCACAGGAGGCGGGCGAAUGGACAAGAACAUGGAACCAAAGCUUCAGCACCCAGCGGAGCCUGACAGACCCCCCCCGCCCCCCGCCCCCCAGGGCAGAGCCCUGUGUCCUUAGAGCUGGUCUCGCUGGCCGCCGCCGCUCCGCUGACCUUGCUUCCCCCCAGGAAGGGCCCGCCCGCCCCCCUGAGAGAGCGAAAGAAACGCGCACCUGAGAAGACUUUGUAAAAUAAUUACUGUCACAAAAACACAAACACACACACUUUGGUAGUCUUUUUUUCUUCCACUGAUUUUUCUAUAAUGGCAAUAAAAUUGUUCCUUUCGUUUGUGGA